UUUCCACUUCCACGUUGUUCGCUGGUCCGAUUGACGAGUGCAGCGGUUCUUCCACGUAGCAGUAGGUUGGAGAGGAUGAUAUUGGAGUUUUUACCAAAACCGUUGUGACUCGUGUAACAGUUUACUCUUGACAAUCGGGCUUUGGAGUUUGUGGUGAAGUAGUUGGAUUCAUCUAUCCACUAGGUUUCAAAAUAAUCUAUUUGGAAUUGAGUGUGGAAAUAGAUUGAGAAUUUUGCAAAGUUAUUUUUGAAAAUAAUAGUAGUAAAUAUGAAGGGUUUGGUGUUUCUCGUGCUCAUCGCACUGCCGGCGUUGAUCUCCAUAGUCAAUUGUGGGGCGAAUGUAGCAUAUGCCCAGGAGGAUGAAACUGUUGACGAUAUGGUAGACGUCGAGGAAGAGAGCAGUGUACUUACUGAGGAUGAAUUGGAGGAGGAGGCUCAGACGGCUUCUGCCGACGCUGAUACCACUAUUUUGUUCACGAAACCUGUUCUUAGUCCAUUGUCGAGCUUAGAACUUCCUGGAGGACAUGUGGUUGAAUUUCUCGUCGGCUUCACCAACAAAGGAAAGACAGACUUCACCCUGGAAACUCUGGAGACAUCCCUCCGUUAUCCCAUGGACUUCAAAUUCUACAUCCAGAAUUUCACUCACCUCGCUGUCAACAAAGUAGUCAAGCCUAAUCACGAGGCCACUCUUCAAUACUCAUUCAUCCCCUCUGAGACAUUCGCCGGAAGACCAUUCGGUCUUAAUGUCAACCUGAAUUACAGAGAUGCUAGCGGAGCUGCAUUCAGUGAAGCUGUCUAUAACGAAACAGUUCAAAUAAUCGAGUUGGACGAAGGUCUGGAUGGUGAGACUGUCUUCUUAUACAUUUUCCUCGCUGCUUGUGUAAUUUUGACCCUCGUGGGUGGACAGCAGUUACUUUCAUCUCUUGGAAGGAAGUCGAGAUCUUCGUCAACGAGGAAACAGGCUGUGGAGAUGGGUACGUCGAACCCCAACAAUGUUGAUUUCGACUGGCUGCCAAAGGAGACUCUCAACAGACUCAACAAAUCCCCAAGAACGCCGAAACAGAGUCCCAGGCAAAGGAAAGCGAAGAGAACAGUUGGGUCUGAUGAUUGAGUGUGUGUUCGUGUUUAAUUAUUUAAUCUAGGAAUAAAUUCAAGACAGAAAACUAAAAACGAUGUGUUGGACGGUGGUGUGAGUGAUGCACAGAUGAGAUCAAUCUAUUUACCUUUUUGUUUACGAAGUAAUUUAAGAGCCGUAAGAGUUUGUAUUCGAAACAGAAAUUAAAUUUUUUCCAUAAAAUGACA